CCUCAUCUGUCAGUGUGCGGGGGCGGGACUCUGCCGGCAGUCGCUCCCGAGAGGCGAGAAAAGCUAAAGCUGCACUUUUUUUUAGCGCUCUGUUGCAGAAGCGGCUUCCCGACGCUCGCAAUUGGCUCGCAGCGGCAGCGGCACCUCGGAGAUCGGCGGGACCCUGAACGAAGGAAGCGCAGCUCAUCGCUGGAGAGGAGCCUAUUGUUGAUAGGGGAAGCCUCACCUGGAUAGACUCGCCUGCGUACGGAGGGACGAGGCAGAAGAGGACGCGAAGCCCAGUUAUCUCCGCGCGGCCGGCUGAAGGAACCGAGAAGAAUAUGAUCCUCAAACAGCAUCUGCUCUUCGCCCUCUACAGCCUCUGCGGGAUCCUUCUAAAAGCGGCUGCAACGAAAAACAAAGUGAGAGGUAGCCAGAGCCAGUUCCCCAUCGUUCACAACGUGACAGUGACAGAGGGCGGAACGGCCAACAUGACCUGCCGGGUGGAACACAAUGACAACACCUCCCUCCAGUGGUCAAACCCGGCACAGCAGACUCUCUUCUUCGGCGACAAGAAAGCGCUAAGGGACAAUAGGAUCGAGUUGGUGCGUGCGUCAUGGCAAGAGCUCACCAUCAGCAUCAGCGAAGUGACGCUGCAGGACGAGGGCCUGUACACCUGCUCUCUGUUCACCAUGCCCAUCAAGACGGCCAAGGCGUACCUCACCGUUCUGGAAGGACGGAUUCACAAGGGUGUCCCAGAGAUGCCUGAGAUCGAUGGACUCACGAAACCCGUCAAGGAGGGCGACCACGUCACGCUGACCUGCAUCACCUCCGGGAGCAAGCCGGCUGCCGAAAUCCGAUGGUUCCGCAACGAAAAGGAGAUCAAAGGCGCCAAGGAGGUGAAUGCCAGCGGGAAGACGUUCACGGUGAAGAGCUCCGUCCAGCUCCAGGUGGACCGCGAUGAUGACGGCGUAGCUUACACGUGCCGGGUGGACCAUGUGGCACUGGCGUUGUCGCCGCAGCAGGCCACGGAGGUGCUGGAGGUACACUAUGCCCCUCGGGUGGAGAUCACGCACUCUGCAGUACACCCCCAAGAAGGCGAUUACCUAAAGCUGGAGUGCGUCUCCAAAGGAAAUCCAUCACCUGACCCAGUCCUCUGGACGAAGGAUGGGAGCGAACUGCCUGACAUCGACCGCAUGAUCGUGGAGGGCCGUGAACUGACCAUCACGUCCUUGAACAAAACGGACAACGGCACGUACCGCUGCGAGGCCAGCAACCACCUGGGCACCAGCAGCGCUGAGUAUGUGCUCUACGUGUACGAUGUCCCCACUACAAUGCCGCCAUCCUCAGCACCCCCCACCCAAUCCACCAACUCAGACACCACUGCUUGCUUAGAUACCCACGCCAACAAACCUGCAGCUACUGGCAUUGUGCGAGAUCCCAAUGCCUUGGAACAGAGAGGACCAGACCAUGCGCUGAUCGGAGGGGUGGUCGCCGUGGUCGUCUUUGUCACCUUAUGUUUAAUAAUUGUGCUGGGACGAUACCUGGCGAGGCAUAAAGGCCGGACAGGAACGUACCUAACGAACGAGGCCAAAGGAGCGGAUGACGCACCCGAUGCAGACACAGCCAUCAUCAAUGCCGACGGCAAUCAUGCACACGCAGAAGAAAAGAAGGAGUACUUCAUUUAGACUGGUCCCCCUGCCUCCCUCCUGUCGAUCUGCGUAGGAAAGCCCGCAUUCAGCUCAAGAGUCCCCUGUCCCCCUCACUUUUGCCCUUUCCGUUAAUUCAUUCUCUCCGACCUGCGUCUUCUCAAAUGGCCAGUUUUUACGAGCAGCUAACUGCUGAAGACAUCAAUCUUUUUCUAUCCACGCUAUAUCUGUUCAAAAAUCCCCAACCUACAAGAAUGUGUCGGGGCCAUUCGAAAUAUGCCCAAAUCUCCCCAGCUCACCAGCCACACCCCAAUUUUGUGGGCCAUAAAUUUUACAGUGCCUAAAUAUACAGACAUCCAUUGAAAAUUCAGUCAAUGCCUUCAUUUAUGUGAGUGAUGUAACCCGAUGAUAAUCACUAUUGUGUUGAUCAGAGAAGUGAAGAAGACUCAUAUGGUUAGAGCUAUCCUCUCGUUAACUGAACCCACUUUUAUUUUAACUAGAUUACAUAUUUAAUAACAUUGUUCCUCCCCGAGCUGUUUUAAUAGGAAAAGAGUUACGUGUAUAUAGAUUACAACAUGGAAAUCAAUUUUAGUCCCACAACUUUGAGGCAACACUUGCUAAAAGGAUAAAAACAAAAAGAUAUAGUAUUAUAGGAUGUAAAGCUUAAGGCUUGCUGGUAUAAAAAUAAGGAUCUGUUUGACCUGAGACUACAGUGAUUAAGACAGCAGAUUCAUCAUAAAACCUGAGGGGUAACAUGUAAUUCAGCAGGCGAUGGAGGCAAUUGUACAAUUUUAAGUAAGCCAGUAAGUAUGAAAGGCCACCAUUUGCACCAUAAUCUUUUGUCUUACUCUUGUUGUUUUGUCUGUAUAUUCCUGCACUGUUUAGCCUAUUCACCACUGACAUAUGAUGUUCUCUUACCACUGAUGGGACAGUGACUUGAAUAGUGGUCUAAAAAUCAGUCAGCGAUUUACCGCAGGCGGACAUGGAGGUUCAAAAGGAACUCAUCCUUUUGACAUUUCUAUUAACUGCAUGGCAGAUGGGCGGAGUUGCCUUCCUUCCUGGAAGCCAAUAGUGAUGGCUAAAUGAAGCUUCAUGAACCAUUUGCUGUAUUUUUUGACUGCACUAGAUGGUGGUCUUUGCUUACUUGUGGCAUUGUUUGAGUCCUUUUUUUGAAUGGAGACCGCCAUCUAGUGGAGGUCAGAAAAUACUGCAAGUGGUUCAUGACGCUUCAUUUGACCAUCACUAGUGGACACGUAGUUUGACCUAAAUCGAACGCAUUUAGAAGGCGAGUUCAUAAAGUGGAUUAUCGCAUAGAAUGAGAACGAGGGGAAAAAAACAAGCACUUGCAGCAACUCUAAGAGAACAUUGUAUGUUAGUUGGUACAGAUCCCCCCCACCCCCACAUCGUUUGAUAAUAAAAUAAAUAAAUUCCAAAAAAAAAUUAAACAAAGAAGCACAAAUACUAUGGGAAAAAACAGCAUCACUUUGCAAACCAAUGGACUGACUCAGGAUUCCAAGAUGAGUCUAAUUUAGGAAUUAGGCCGUUCGAACCCGUGGACGCAAAUUGGCUCCCCAGCUCACUCCAGUCAAAACAUACCAUCAAGCUGUAUAUCAAACAUAGUAAACAGGACAAAGUCUUUUUAAAGAUGCAUCUGAAAACUGUCUUUUGUUUAUACGACAAAUAAGCUCCCUUGUCAAUACAGCUGUAUAUUAUGUCUGCUGAAUGUGGGUUAGUGAAAAUUGUUGUUAGAUUUUGGAACCCCUCAUACCUUAAAAAUUUGUAUAUUAGCCAAUUUAUCUAUUGAAAAUAAUCUACAGAUCUUUUCAAUUUGUCAUUUGUCACUGCUUAUAUUAAAUAAGAAAUAUGACAAACGUGUUUUCUUUCAGCGCAAGGCAUGUAUAUACUGUGUAAGUACUAAACUUUGGUAAUACAUAUUUGUUAAUUUUUUUUUCCCUCCAAGCUUUCAUUUCAAUUUAUUUAAUUUCAGAUUAUUUCAUUCGGCAUCGCUAGUUGGAAUAAAAAUGUUGGUCUCUUAACAUCUUUGGAGAGUGCGAUUCACCUGCUGUUUGUGUGCUCUGUGCGGAUAGCAUGGUUGUAGAAGCAUAAUCCUGUAGAGGAGUCAACACAAACACCCGGAGAACACAGCCGGUGAGCUCUCAACAGUGUUUUCUGAGAAUUUAGCGGUUCUUGGCCACCACCGUCACGGCCGUGGCUUCCUCGCGCAUGCCGUGGUGAAAUGCUGCAUCACUGUGUUUCCUGUGAAAUGCAGACAGGUUAAAAACCUAUUAGUCACCGAAGAGAUCAAAUGGAAAAACUGUUGAAUCAUUCGUGGUUUUUUUUUUCCUUUAAAUGAUGUUAUAUAUUAUAUACUGGUAUAAGUCCAUGUACAUUUUCCACUAGUUGGCCAUAACACAGGAUUGGGGGGUGCUGGAAACCAGUUGCCGUGAAGGGAAAUGUUGUGUAAAGAAAGGUGAUAUAAAUAUUGGUGAGAAGGUUAUGCUGGUAGGGUGACCUAGGCCUCAGUAAGCUGCAGCAGCGUUAUUGGCGUUGCGCUUGCAAGUUCCAACCAGCAAGAGGGUCCAUCGUUUGAUCUUAGAGGACUUCUUUAAAUCGACUUCUUGACACAAAAAUCCACGGCUGUUACAAAGCUAAGGUACAGAGACCAACAUAUUUUGAGCUUUUGAUUUCCAGCCCCGCUAUCCAUGUGUCCAUGUAUCAUUCUAGGUGUAUCCAUUUCUAUCACAUGCACUCUGAUUGAAGAUGGUACAAGGUUACCUUGUGUUGAGAGGGUCUAUGUAUGUAGCUUGUUCAGGACCUGUAAGAGUAUUGGUUUGCUGGUUUCGCAAUGAAGUCCAGAAGUCUUACCUAAAUGUAAUCUACUUCAAAUCGAAGUCAUUCAUGAAAAAUGUACCAGAAUAAAUCAAGCAGCUUCAAUAUAACAAUCACCGCAAUUGCCUUUGUGUCUUCAAAAAUGUCAACAAUGUUUUGAGCUGUAGGUCCCCUUAUGGUGUACCUGAAGAGCUUACAUGAAAAGGAGUCCAAACAUGUUAAUACAGUAUUUUUACUUCUUAAAGCAUGCUCCAGCUUUUUUUUAACUGAGUCAUUUUAUAUUUACUUAUUUUCUGUUGAUUUAAGGAUUUUUUUUACAGUUUUUUGUUAAUUUGUUUUACUUUAAUUUGCUAUUUUCGUUUUGGAAUGUUUGACUUGUGUGUAUUUUCAGUGUUGAACUGUCUUAUUUCCAAAGCUUUGAAAACAGCACUUGUAAAAAAAAAAAAAAGGAAAUGGCAAAGGUAUAGAGUAAAGAGUGCGCAAAAGUGA